GAGCAGAGAGAUAAACCUAACGAGCACCCAUCAAUCAAUGGCUGCUCUCUUUCUCUCUCCUCCCUGUUUCCUCUCUCUCUCCUCCUCCUCCAUCUCCAAACGCCCAGUCUCUCUCCCUCUCUCGAGACCCCCCUCCGCCAAGAUCCGCUCCCUGCUCUCCUCGAACUUCUCUCCCAUCGCCGACCCUUCGCCCGCGGGCUUCCCCUCUAUCGAUUCGGAGCCUGGCAAGUGGGACCCAUCUCAGUACCAGGCCCUGCUCAGGGGGGGAGAGCAGGUCACCUCGGUUCUCCAGGACAUGAUCGCUCUGCUGGAGGAUAUGGAGCUGGAUGCCUCGUCGGAGGCGGCGGCGGUGGAGCUUGUAGCGCAAGGGGUUAUCGGGAAGAGGGUUGAUGAGAUGGAGUCUGGGUUCAUGAUGGCGAUGGACUACAUGAUACAGAUCGCUGACAAGGAUAAUGACCACCAGCGAAAGUCGCUUUUGGAGGUGAUCAAGCAAACAGUGCUGGACCAUCUCACCAAGAAAUGCCCUCCACAUGUGCAAGUAAUCGGGUUGCUUUGCCGAACUCCGCAAAAGGAAAGCAGACAUGAAUUACUACGCCGAGUAGUCGCGGGUGGUGGUGUUUUUAAAAGUGAAAAUGGUCUUAAAGUUCAACUUCCAGCAGCAAAUCUGAAUGACAUUGCUAACCAGGCAGAUGAUUUGCUAGAGGUAAAACACUAAAAUCCUAAUGUUUAACAAGUUCUCUUUGACUAUUAAAAAACUUUCAAGCUUGUUGGUUUAUUCUUUUGCUAUGACCAUUCAUGCAUAAUGUUUUCUCUCGCUUAUCAGCAAGUUUAUGUGCUACUUGACACACAAAAUUAGUAGAUAUGUUGUGGCAACUCAAUACUCAUUUUUGUAGGUGUGUCACCAUGAAAUAAUGGAUACGUGGUGGCAACCCAUUUAUUCAUGUUUCUAACCGAGUCACCAUGCAAUGGAGACGUGGUGAUGCCCACACUCCUAUGCACAUGAGAUGGGUUGGUCUCACCUCCCUUCUCUCUUGUUAACGCAUUUAACAAAUGAGCUACUAGCUUAUAGCCAUCAAACUCCAUUAUAUUUAUUUCUACAUGCACGCACGCUCACACUUGUCGUCAUAGUCAUCGAGGGUAAUUGCAGGUGUGGUUUGUGAGAAGGGGGAAAUAUGAGGAAAUGCAGAAAUUAGGGAAUUUGUUUAUUGCUGUGUGUUACUGCUAUGUGUUACAUUCUAGUAAAUUAAAUGCUCCUGCUUCAUUUGUUUUCUAGAAAACUCGGCUGAAACUAAAAGAGCCUUUGUUAAUAGAUGUUAUUUAUAGAACAAAAGGAAUCAGAUAGUUUGAAUAAGAUAACUAAAUUACCUUGUAUAAAAUGCAUAUUGAUGUGGAUGAAAUAACCAAACUAGCUUGUUCCAUAGGAACUGUUUGAUUCAUCUUAUUUCUCUAUAAAUUUCUCAAUCCUAAAGCAAUGUUCUUCACUCUUUACUUUAAAUUAAAUAAUCACUUAUGGUAAACUAUCUUAAUCUUUCUAUGGAAGUGAUUUAUUAGAAAACGACGAUUGUUUCCAGAGCAAAUAUAUAAGAAAUAGUGUAAUACCCAAAAGAAUAGUCCCACAUCGAAAAGUGAUGAGGACUUCAAAGUGUUUGUAAUGUAAUCCAAAGGGCUCAAGAGUAACAAGUUCUAACACUUUUUAGCAGGAGAUUUAGCCAAACGAGUUGCUCUUAGUGCGUCCUGCGGUUUACACCGUGCCAACGGGCUCGCAGGCCUAGGGCGUGACAAUAGGGUUAAUCGCGAAUAGGCCACUCUAGUAUCACCCAAUUGCGAAUAGACCCCUGAAAUUUUUUUUGUGGCGAAUAUACCCCUCUGUAGUGUUGGCCUAGGUGCGAAUACACCCCUGUAGUGAACUCUUUCGACUCGUUUAAAAGUAAA